AUGGUUUGCAUGCCUUUUGGGAUAACCUGCCCCACCAAGCUGAGUCCAGAGACCUUCCUGGCUUUUCGCAUCAGUGCCGUGAGCAAAGUCACUGAGGACACCUACCAGGUCCGCUUUGCACUGCCCGGGAACAGCCACCUCGGCCUGCGGCCUGGCCAGCACCUCAUCCUGCAAGGGCGAGUAGAUGACUUAGAGAUUCAGAGAGCAUACACGCCCAUCAGCCCUGCCAACGCAAAAGGUUACUUUGAAGUUUUGAUCAAGAGCUACCAGACCGGGCUGAUGUCCCAGUACGUCAAGUCCUGGAGAGCAGGAGACAUGGCUUUCUGGCGGGGACCUUUUGGCGGCUUUGUCUAUGAACCCAACCAGUAUGGUGAGCUCCUCAUGCUGGCAGCGGGGACUGGCCUGGCCCCUAUGGUGUCCAUCGUGCAGAGCAUCACAGACAAUGCGGAUGAUGAGACCUUUGUCACCCUGGUCGCCUGCUUCAAGACCUUUGAAAGUAUCUACCUGAAAACCUUCCUCCAGGAGCAGGCCCAUUUCUGGAAUGUCCGCACCUUCUUUGUACUCAGCCAGGAGACCUCCCCAGAGCAGCUUCCCUGGAGUUACAGGGAGAAGACCCGCUUUGGCCGCCUGACCCAGGACCUGGUGGCUGAGCUUGUGGGCUCCUGUCGGAGAAAGCCCUAUGCAUUGGUCUGUGGCUCGGCCGAAUUUACCAAGGACAUGGCCAGGUGCUUGCAGCAUGUAGGCCUGACAGAGGACUCCUGCUUCUUCUUCUAGCCCUGGCCUGCCUUCCUAAGCCCAGUCAGGGCCUGCCUGCGGGACACAGGAAGGAGCACUGACUAGUCAGAAGAUGUGGAGAGGCCCAGACACUCGCUUACCAGGUGACCUUGGGCAAAUGUCUUUACCUCUGAGCCAGACUGGCCUCCCUAUCUCUCGUGUACCCCAGCAGGUCACUGUCUCCCUAAGGCAGGCAUCCGCUGUGUGGAGGGAAGAUGGGACUGCAGGAACCAUGGGGGUAGAGUAGCCAGUCUGGAAGGAAGCCAGGAGGAAGCCAGGUGCACACUGAGCCCCAGUUUGAGCAGCAGCUGGCAGAAGAAGGGUCGCAGGCUCUCCCAGGGCCCCUCAGCUUAGAGGACGUGGAGGGGCUCCUUUGGACCAUGCCUGGGAAUGCUGGUUUCCAAGCCCGACUUCACAGGGACUGUCCUGUUGGGGGCUCAGUGCUGGCUCAAGUUAGGUGCUUGCUACAUGUUUAGAGGACAACCACGAGGGAGAUUGAGAACUCUUUGAAAGAAGGAUUUGAAAGAGGAAAGUGCCCUGAGCCUCACCCAGGGAAGGAUCUGGUUCUGUGACCUGACCACCUUGGAUUACCUCUGUUUUAUGUUGGCCCCGGCCUUUCCUGCAGCGAAUAGCUCCAGCAGCUUCAGUGUCCCUGGCUCACAACCCCAGCCCAGAGUCCUUUCUCCAGCAGAAGAGGCAGGAAAGCAAGCAAUAGCCCCUCCUUCCUGCACACAGCCAACUCAGCCUUCAGCUCAGGCGCCCUGGUGACGGUUGCUAUGGAGAUCUAAAGAUAGAGCAGGAGUCAGGAGACCUGGGUCCUUCUCCCAGCUCUGCCCACUGAGUGGCUGCUGAUUCCUUCCCACCCACCACUCCCCACCAUCCUGCAUGAGGCAUGCCCUCUCCAGGGAACCGGCAUUCCUGGGCAGCGUACUGCAGUUAAUGGAUUCUGCUUUUCGCAGCCUGAGCUCCGGUGUGCAGCACCAGCUCAGACUGGCUACAGGCAGUCCCAGAAUUGGAAUAUUAAAAUGUGGAAUCUCAGGAUCCGAGAGCCAUUGAACGGGAGAGUUCAAAUUUUACAAGCAUAGAAUGGCAGUCCUCAAUUCACCGGAGAUUAAGAUGCAGGACUCAGGAAAGCAUCCACCCUAACAGAUACAUUGUAUAAGUGGGAAAAUCAAGGCCACAUGAGGCCAAGUGUGCUACCCACUGAGGUUCCCAUUGCGUGCCCGGCCAGCCCCAGAAGCCUGGUCUCCUGU